CGGAGCAGGGAAGCGCCCUGUGCAAUCCCGGCGCCGAGCGAGGAUGGCACAGCCGGCGAGCCACCUGAUCUGCCUGCUGGCCUUCCUGUGGCGCGGACUUCCCCGGACAGGGGCAGAUGGCAUUGUGGAUGUGCUCCAGGCGUUUGGUGUGCGAGAGGGCAAAAACAGGGUCUCUAUCGCUGCUGGUAUCUGCACCCAGAGAAAUGGCUCUGAUGAAAGUGACCUUGCCUUCCGCCUAGAGAACCAGACAUAUUUCAGCGCCCCAACCAAGCAGCUCUUUCCUGAUGGCUCCUUCCCAGUGGACUUCUCAAUACUGGCUACUCUGCGAGCUGUCAAAGGAAGCCAGUCGUUCUUGCUCUCUGUAUAUGAUGAGCGGGGAGUACAGCAACUUGGAGUAGAGAUCGGACGGUCUCCGGUCUUCCUCUAUGAAGACCAGCUUGGCCACCCAGUGCCUGAGGACUAUCCUCACUUUCGCCGAGUCAACUUGGCUGAUGGCAAGUGGCAUCGCAUUGCUCUGAGUGUGGAAGGGGGGAAUGUAUCUUUGAGUAUUGACUGUGAAGACCCAGCAACGCUUCCCCUAAAGCGAGGCAUGCAGCCCAUUGUCAGUGUUGAUGGCGCCACCUUGCUUGCGGCUCGCCGGCCGGAUGAAGAUAUUUUUGAGGGUGAUCUCCAGCAGCUGCUGAUUGUGCCGGAUCCAGCAGCUGCAGCCCACUAUUGUCAGCAUUACAUGCCUGAUUGCAACAGACAGCUCACCUACGUGUUGCAUGCCCAGGAUCCCGAAGAGAACAUUCCCCGCAGGAAGGGCAAGAAGGGCAAGGGCAAGAGAAAGGGCAAGGGCAAGAGGAAAGGGAGAGGCAAGAAGAAGAGGAACAAGGAGUCGCCGGAGACGUCCUCGCUCACUCCGGCCCCCGGCCAGUAUGAGAUUCCAACUCGAGCUACACCUACAAAGGCAGCCACUGAGUCCUGGGAAGAGAGUCCUGGAGUUAUUACUGCAACCACUGUCACAGUUGGCUUUAACCUCACAGACAACUAUGAGGACCUUUUUGGAGAACAGUACGAGAUUGGUGAGGACUCAGACCUGGAUGCCAAUGGCACUUACAGAGCAUACGAGGAGAGACUUGACUACAGAGACAGGGAAUAUGAGGACUACUAUGACCGAAGGGAUGCGAAUGAGGAAGAGCGGUAUGAUCCGGCUGAGCGCAGUGAAGACACUCUCCAGCUCCCUCCGGAAAAGAAUCUGAAGGGAGAGAAAGGGGAGCCGGCCAUCAUAGAGCCGGGCAGGCGUUUUGAGGGGCCAGCUGGUUACCCAGGUCCACAGGGUGAGACAGGUCCAAUGGGACAGGGAGGGCCACCAGGAUUUCCAGGAGAUCCCGGUGAGCAGGGACCCCCAGGACUCCCAGGCCUUCCAGGAGCUGAUGGCAUUCGUGGGCCUCCUGGGACAAUGAUUAUGUUACCGUUCCAAUUUGGUGGUGACUCAGCCAAAGGUCCUUCUGUGUCCUUCCAAGAGGCCCAGGCGCAGGCUAUUUUGCAGCAAGCCAAGCUAUCCAUGAAAGGUCCCCCUGGCCCCAUGGGACUAACAGGGCGGCCAGGCCCACUGGGUCUUCCAGGGAAUUCUGGUCUGAAAGGAGACACAGGUGAUCCUGGUCCACAGGGUUCACCUGGGAUACAGGGAUCAAUAGGGCCCCCAGGGAAAAUUGGCAAGCGGGGCCGCUCAGGAGCAGAUGGUGCCAGAGGACUUCCAGGAGAAACUGGACCUAAGGGCGACAGAGGCUUUGAUGGGCUCCCAGGACUUCCUGGAGAAAAGGGAAGCCGAGGAGAUGUAGGCAACCCAGGUCCCCCUGGGGCUCCUGGUGAGAAUGGCCCUAAGGGCUCUGAUGGUGUCCAAGGCCCCAGAGGACAGCCUGGGGAAGCUGGUAUCCGUGGUUUGGCUGGCUCACGAGGUGCUCCUGGUCCCCCAGGCCAGAUGGGUGUCAGCGGUAUUGAUGGGGCCCCUGGACACAAAGGCAACUUGGGCAUUCAAGGUGAACCAGGCCCCCCUGGACAGCAGGGAAACCCUGGAUCUCAGGGUCUGCCUGGUUCCCAGGGUCCUGUUGGGCUUCCAGGCGAAAAGGGCCCACAAGGAAAACCAGGGAUACCUGGAAUGCCUGGGGUGGAUGGACCUCCAGGUCAUCCUGGAAGAGAAGGGCCAGCUGGGGAGAAAGGAGCACAGGGUCUGUCUGGUGCAGCAGGUCCAAUAGGCUACCCAGGUCCCCGUGGAGUCAAGGGAGCAUUUGGCAUGCGGGGCCUCAAAGGUAGCAAAGGUGAGAAGGGAGAAGAUGGAUUUCCUGGUUUCAAGGGUGACAUGGGGCCAAAAGGUGACCGGGGUGAUGCUGGCCCAUUGGGUGUCCGUGGUGAGGAUGGCCCUGAGGGGCUGAAAGGGCAGGCAGGACUUGUGGGGGAAGCUGGUUCUUCUGGGCCAGCUGGUGAGAAGGGCAAAUUGGGGGUGCCAGGCCUACCAGGAUACCCUGGACGCCAGGGACCUAAGGGCUCAACUGGAUUUCCAGGGCCUCUGGGCCUCAUUGGAGAAAAAGGCAAACGGGGCAAAGCUGGCCAGGCUGGGCAGACGGGACAACGGGGUCCCCCGGGUAUUCCAGGUGAACGUGGUUUGCCAGGACCCACAGGAAAACCAGGACCAAAGGGUGAUUCAGGCCACCAUGGAGCCCCAGGGUUUGUUGGGGAAAAGGGUCCCUCCGGUCCACAGGGCCCUAAUGGAUUCCCAGGCCCCAAGGGCCCACCUGGCCCUGCUGGGAAGGAUGGUUUACCGGGACACCCAGGUCAGCGUGGUGAGCCGGGAUUUCAUGGCAAAACUGGCCCACCAGGACCUACUGGAGUUGUGGGACCACAGGGAAACUCUGGAGAAACUGGUCCCAUGGGAGAGAGAGGCCACCCAGGCUCCCCCGGUCCCCCUGGAGAACAAGGGUUGCCAGGUGCUGCUGGAAGGGAAGGUGCCAAGGGUGAUCCUGGACCUAGUGGCAUCCCAGGCAAAAAUGGCCCUCCUGGAAUGAAAGGCUUCACUGGGGCUCGAGGUCCUGCGGGGGAGACUGGACCAACUGGGUUGAAGGGGGCUGAAGGGCCUCCUGGUCCUCAAGGUCCCACAGGUUCCCCUGGUGAACGUGGCCCCUCGGGAGCAGCUGGGGGUAUUGGGCUGCCCGGGCGAGGGGGCAACCAAGGACCUCCUGGCCCAGCAGGGGAGAAAGGGGCACCGGGUGAGCGAGGCCCAAUGGGCCCAUCUGGCCAUGAUGGAAUCCCAGGCCCAUUGGGUCUGCCGGGCCAAGCUGGGCCACCAGGACUUGCUGGAGAAGAUGGUGAUAAGGGAGAGAUGGGUGGCCCAGGACAAAAGGGAAGCAAGGGCGACAAAGGAGAAGCGGGUCCCCCAGGACCUACUGGGAUCCAGGGUCCUAUUGGACAUCCGGGCCCUGCAGGAGCGGAUGGAGAGCCUGGGCGCCGAGGGCAGCAGGGCAUGUUUGGCCAGAAAGGAGAUGAAGGAUCCCGUGGAUUCCCAGGUGUUAGUGGCCCAUCUGGUUUACAAGGGAUGCCAGGCCCCCCAGGGGAGAAGGGCGAGAGUGGCGAUGUUGGCCCAAUGGGCCCACCAGGAGCCCCAGGCCCCCGAGGCCCCCAGGGUCCCAGUGGGGGCGAUGGCCCACAGGGACAACCUGGUGGGCUGGGACAGCCAGGUGCUGUUGGUGAAAAGGGUGAAGCAGGGGAAGCAGGAGACCCUGGACCUCCAGGGGAGCCAGGCCGGCAAGGGGUGAAGGGUGAUGUGGGUGAAAAAGGAGAUUCUGGACAAUCAGGAGCUGCAGGGCCCCCUGGCAAGAAGGGCCCCCCAGGAGAGGAUGGAGCCAAGGGGAACCUGGGUCCAAUAGGAUUCCCAGGUGACCCAGGCCCGUCCGGAGAUCCUGGUCCUCCAGGUCUGGAUGGAGUUUCUGGUGAGAAAGGUGAUAUAGGGGAUCCUGGACUUCCAGGACCCCCUGGAGCUUCUGGGGAGCCAGGUCCUCCUGGAUCACCAGGAAAGAGGGGACCUUUUGGGCCAGCUGGCCGUGAAGGUCGAGAGGGUGAGAAAGGAGCCAAGGGGGAACCUGGCACAGAUGGACCCCUGGGGAAGAUGGGGCCUGUGGGUCCGCAGGGACCCCCAGGCCGACCCGGCUCAGAAGGUCUACGUGGAAUUCCGGGUCCUGCUGGUGAACAAGGUCUCCUGGGAGCGCCUGGCCAGGCAGGGCCACCGGGGCCUGUGGGUCCCACGGGGCUCCCAGGCCUUAAAGGUGAUCCCGGCUACAAAGGAGAGAAGGGCCAUGCAGGACUCAUUGGGUUGAUUGGCCCCCCAGGUGAGAUGGGUGAGAAAGGUGACCAGGGGCUGCCAGGGAACCAGGGAACACCAGGCCCCAAGGGCGACCCCGGAGUCAUUGGACCCUUUGGGCCCCCAGGCCCACCUGGCUCUCCUGGCCUCUCAGGACCUCUGGGACAAAAAGGCAACAAAGGCUCACCGGGGCCUAUUGGACCAAAAGGUGAUCCAGGAUCUGCAGGACCCCCAGGGCCACCAGGUCGACCUGCUGAGCUGCGGGAGCCCCUGCCUUUGGAGAGUGGCCGCAAGAGCCGCCGUGACUGGGAGCUUGGGGAUCAGGGAGAUGCACCCGGGGAGAUGGAUGCCGACCCCGAUGCUGAUGGGAUGGCAGAGGUCCUAGCAGCCCUGAGCUCCUUGCGUGACGAAGUGGAGCAAAUGCGGUGUCCACUGGGCACUCAGGAGAGCCCAGCCCGGGUUUGCAAGGAGCUUCAGUUUUGCCACCCCCACCUCACAGACGGUGACUAUUGGAUUGACCCAAACCAAGGCUGCAGCCGAGAUGCCUUCAGAGUUUUCUGCAACUUCACAGCUGGGGGGGAAACUUGCUUAUUUCCUGACAAGAAAGUUGAGGCAGUCCGACUCGCUGCCUGGAGCAAGGAGCAACCAGGAAGCUGGUUCAGCACAUUUAAGAGGGGCAAGAAGUUCUCCUAUGUGGAUGCAGAUGGCAACCCCAUGCAGAUUACCCAGCUCACAUUUCUGCGCCUGCUUAGUGCCAUUGCACACCAAAACUUCACCCUCCUCUGCCAAAAUGUGGUUGCCUGGUAUGAGGCCGACACCAGCAGCCAUACUCGGGCUUUGCAUUUUCUUGCCUUCAAUGGUGUGGAGCUGAUGCACAACAGCACAGAAGGCCUUGUACGGGCCUUAUAUGAUGGCUGCCAGGUACGCAAAGGCCAGGAGCGGACAGUUCUGCAGGUUGUGACACAACGCGUGGAGCAGCUUCCAUUGGCCGAUGUGGCUGUUCAGGAUUUCGGGGACACCAACCAGAAGUUUGGCUUUGAGCUUGGGCCUGUCUGCUUCAGCGGCUGAGCCUGAAGAUGGACAGCUCCCUCUAGACUGUGGAACCACCCCUGGGGAAAGAGAGAGCUGAAAUGCUCCAUUCUUCCUGAAGUUGGGCGUGGGAGAUGAGCCAGCCCUGGAAAGACCUGCCGUUGUGUUUAACCAGAUGACAGCCUCCUAUUUAUGCGGCCAAGGUCCCCUUGGGGCUGUGACUCUUGGGGAGCAAAGCAGGGCCCAGACUGAGCCAGGGCCCUCCCUUUCUGCAGCCCCGACAAAUGGUGCUAUUAUGCCGCCUUAGUGAAGCACUGGACUGACUGCUCAGCACUGGCCACCUGCAGGGAUGGGGCAAUGGAGACCACACCCCACACUGCUGACCUCCUGCCCCUGCCCCCCAAAUAACGUUCCCAGGGACAUUAAGACCUUGCCCAAAGUAUCUUGUAACCUGGGACUUCAGGACCAUU